AUGGCCAGUCCGGGCGUGGCCCUGCAGCGCAGCAUCACGCUGCUCAACGGCGUGGCCAUCAUCGUGGGCACCAUCAUCGGCUCGGGCAUCUUCGUGACGCCCACCGGCGUGCUGAAGGAGGCGGGCUCGCCGGGGCUGGCGCUCGUGGUGUGGGCCGCGUGCGGCGUCUUCUCCAUCGUGGGCGCGCUCUGCUACGCCGAGCUGGGCACCACCAUCUCCAAGUCGGGCGGCGACUACGCCUACAUGCUGGAGGUCUACGGCUCGCUGCCCGCCUUCCUCAAGCUCUGGAUCGAGCUGCUCAUCAUCCGGCCCUCCUCGCAGUACAUCGUGGCGCUCGUCUUCGCCACCUACCUGCUCAAGCCGAUCUUCCCCAGCUGCCCGGUGCCCGAGGAGGCCGCCAAGCUCGUGGGCUGCCUCUGCGUGCUGCUGCUCACAGCUGUGAACUGCUACAGUGUGAAGGCCGCCACCCGCGUGCAGGACGCCUUCGCCGCUGCCAAGCUGCUGGCCCUGGCCUUGAUCAUCCUGCUCGGCUUCGUCCAGAUCGGAAGGGGUGAUGUGUCCAAUCUGGACCCCAAGUUCUCCUUUGAAGGCACCAAGCUGGACGUGGGGAACAUUGUGCUGGCCCUGUACAGCGGCCUCUUCGCCUACGGAGGAUGGAACUACCUGAAUUUUGUCACGGAGGAGAUGAUCAACCCCUACAGAAACCUGCCCCUGGCCAUCAUCAUUUCCCUGCCCAUCGUCACGCUGGUGUACGUGCUGACCAACCUGGCCUACUUCACCACCCUGUCCACCGAGCAGAUGCUGGCGUCUGAGGCCGUGGCUGUGGACUUCGGAAACUACCACCUGGGAGUCAUGUCCUGGAUCAUCCCGGUCUUCGUGGGCUUGUCCUGCUUCGGCUCUGUCAACGGGUCCCUGUUCACGUCCUCCAGGCUGUUCUUUGUGGGGUCCAGGGAGGGCCACCUGCCAUCGGUCCUCUCCAUGAUCCACCCGAAGCUCCUGACUCCUGUGCCCUCCCUUGUGUUCACGUGUGUCAUGACACUGCUGUACGCCUUCUCCAAAGACAUCUUCUCCGUCAUCAACUUCUUCAGCUUCUUCAACUGGCUCUGUGUGGCCCUGGCCAUCAUUGGCAUGAUGUGGCUUCGCUUUAAGAAGCCGGAGCUGGAGCGGCCCAUCAAGGUGAACCUGGCCCUCCCGGUGUUCUUCAUCCUGGCCUGCCUGUUCCUGAUCGCCGUGUCCUUCUGGAAGACGCCGGUGGAGUGCGGCAUCGGCUUCGCCAUCAUCCUCAGCGGCCUACCCAUCUACUAUUUUGGUGUCUGGUGGAAAAACAAGCCCAAGUGGCUCCUGCAGGGCAUCUUCUCCACCACGGUCCUGUGUCAGAAGCUCAUGCAGGUGGUCCCACAGGAGAACUAGCGCCGAGGCCCAGGCACCGCUGGGAGAGGACCCGCACCCGUUCCCGGACGCCUCGCCUCACCACCCUGUGGGCCAGGCACUCAAGGCACUGAGAACAUUCUGGUACGAGUUUCAGACGAGGAACGUCUGCGAUAGCUCCCCAGCCUUGCGCGAGCCGUGCGCCCGGCGCCCCGGCUGGCGCUGUCAUGCCUGGCCCUUGUUUGUGGUUCUAGUUUUUGUUUUAACUUGAGUUUUUGCGUCUGACGCAGCAUCUUGGUUAAAGCCACCAAGGUGAUUUUUAAAAGAAAUGGGGCGGGAGAUGGGCAGCAUGCCCGCGGCUCGGCCCGCACCCAGGGACCAGAUCACUGUUUUCGAGACAGAACUACUGAGACGCCACAGUCACAGCCACACCGAGGCCUCCGCUGACCGCUGGACCCCAACACUAGGCUUUUGUUUUUCUGUGGUCCUGGGGAUGGUGCCCGGGGCUUCCUGCAUGCCAGACUCGCUCUACUGGCGGUUACACCGGCCCUCUGACCCCCUGGGCUUCUGUCUGUCUGAAAGUCCUAGAGGAAUCUCAGCAGCAUGGCUGACUGGCUGAUGGCUCGGCGGGAAGAGCUGGCACCUGCCCUGUGUGAGCCAGAGGUGGGAGACAGCCGUGCUGCCCUGUGUGCACACGUUCUGCGGUCGGGGGGGACGGCCCUGGCUCCCACAGGCCACAUCCAGCUCCCCCUACAGAGUCGGGGCCGCACUGCAGGCCUGGGGUCUCCAUCUGCGGGGCUGGGCAUUCCUGGGGACCCUGGGGACCUGGCACUGCUUGUGAGCCUGGCUCUCUGCCAGCUGGACAGGUCACCCGUGCAGCUCCUAGCCCAGGUGUCGCUGUCUCCUCCCUGGUUGUCUGCGGCCGCUUUUCAAGCAGAUGGAACCAAGUGACCCCUCCUGCCUGGCCGCGUGCCGCCGCCUCCCCAGCCCAGCUCCUCCAACCGCGCCGAUUCCUGAAGUCCCUGGAAAGCCACAGGGCGGCUUGUAGCACCUUCAAGACAGACUCCCCCGUGGGCCUGGCCUGCCUGGGGUUGGACAGCGCACUCAGCCGGGACAGACCGAGGCUGCUUCAGGCCUGGCAGCACCUAACAAGCAUCGCGCCCAUCCCUUUGCCUUUCUGUUUUGUCUAACGUCUUACUGCGCGUUCUGUUCCUCCAGUGGCCAGGCUGCGGGCUCUCUGGGUGGGUCUGUGGCUGCGUCCGGCCCACCCUGGGCCAGCCACUGUGACAUCCAGCAUUGAUGACGUUGCUCUUUUCUUGUUAAUGGCUAACCUGUUACACAAGGGUGGGGUGGGAUACAGUUCUGCUAGUUCUGUUUUGUGGGAUUUUGUUUUUAAAGAAAAGCAGUUGGAAA